AGCUAGCAGCGAGCCGCCCGUCAAGCGUUGGCGUUAGGCAUAUGCCUUAUCUCGAAUGCCUGCCGCCAGCGAGGGGCUGUGGUGCGAGCUACGUUAGCCGGCAAAGAUGUGAAUAGUUGAGACACGUUUAGGGGUCCCCAUGUUCGAAAUGUGCGGUAGCAGUGUGAGAUCGCAAGUGCGCUCUUGAUGUGAAUGCCGGAUGCGGCGGAACAGCGAUCGCUAUGCUGUGGCAUCUUCUGCAAGCUCUGUUCUCCCUGCAUGUUGCCACCGCUCUGCUUCCCAGCGAAGAUGCUCCGAGCAUCGUCAUCUUCCCCCGGGACCAGACGGUGGUGACUGGGCGGGUGGCGGUGUUUGUGUGCACGGCGGUGGGCAACCCGCGCCCUCAGAUCGAGUGGCGCAAGAAUGGCAAGCGAGUGUCCACCAACCGCUACACGGUGGUCGAGAUGCCCGGGGGCUCGGUGCUGCGCAUCGAUCCUGUCCGCACGGGGAAGGACAACGCCACCUACGAAUGCCUCGCCGAGAAUGGUGUCGGUGAACCGGUCCGGGCCCUGUUCGUGCUCACCGUGCUCGAGGAGAACCAGGUCCCCCCGGGGUUCCCGCAGUUCAAGCUGCUGCCCAACCUGCAAGGGGUGGAGCGUAAUCGGAGCGCCCUGCUGCCCUGCAAGGCGGAGGGGGAGCCCGAGCCCAGGCUCUCUUGGCUCCGCAACGACGUGCCCGUCGACAUGUCCAACCCCAGAUACUCGCUGGCUUCCGGCGGCUCCCUGCAGAUCUUCGAUGCACAGGAGGAAGACCAAGGGAACUAUGAGUGCAUCGCCGAAAACAGCGUGGGCACUGCCAUCUCGCCCAUGGCGACACUCUUUGUCCGCGUGCGCCGCGUGCCGCCCUACUUCUCCAUCCCGCCCGAGGCGUCGUACGAGGUCACCCCCGGGGCGACCCUGAACCUGACCUGCGUGGCGGUGGGCUCUCCAAUGCCGUACGUCAAGUGGCGCCAGGGGCACGUGGACCUGACGCCGGAGAGCGACGUGCCCGUGGGACGCAAUGUCCUCGUGCUGGAGAACAUCAAGGAGUCCGCAAACUACACCUGCGUGGCGGCCUCUUCUCUGGGGAGCAUCGAGCACGUCUCCCAAGUGCUCGUGCAAGCCCUUCCGCAUCCGCCGACGAACCUGGUGGUGUCAGACGUGACAGCCACGUCGGUGCGCCUGUCGUGGUCUUACGAGGGCGCCGGGGCGGACAACAUCCGCUACUAUGUGGUGCAGUACAAGCCGCGCCAGUCUAACCGGGACUACAGUGAGACGAGUGGCAUCACCACUCCCUUCCACCACGUGCGGGACCUGAGCCCCUACACGGAGUACGAGUUCUACGUGCUGGCCACCAACGACCUGGGCCGGGGCACGCCCAGCGUGCCCGUCAUGGUCACCACCGGCGAGACCGAACCUGGUAGUGCACCUCGGAACCUGCAUGCUCGAACCCUGAGCUCGAGUACAGUGUUGGUCCAGUGGGAUCCACCUAAGGAGCCCAACGGACAGGUCAUGGGGUACAAUGUGUACUACACGACCCAACCGAGCAUCCCGACACUCUCAUGGAGUGCCCAGACUGUGGACAACAACCAACUGACGACCAUCAGCAACCUGUCGCCCCAGACCAUCUACACCAUCCGAGUGCAGGCCUUCACCAGCCGCGGUCAGGGCCCCUUCUCCUCCCCGGUCCAGGUCAAGACCCAGCAGGGAGUGCCGAGCCAGCCACGCCACCUGCGCGCCUCGGCGGUGUCGUCCACGGCGAUCCAGCUGAACUGGACGCGCCCCGUGGACCCGGCGGAGAUGGUGGUGGGCUACGAGCUCUACUGGAACGACACGUUCACGCAGCAGCAGGAGCACCGCUCGGUGCCGGACUCACAGAGCUACCUCUUAGAGGGCCUGUACCCGGACACCGUGUACUACCUCUGGCUGGCCGCCCGCUCCCGUAUGGGGGAGGGCGCCGCCACGCCGCCCCUGCCCGUGCGGACGGAACAGUACGUUCCGGGCGCGCCCCCGCAGCAGGUGCGAGCGCACGCGCUGGACUCGCGCUCCCUGCGGGUGAGCUGGGACCCGCCCCCGCGCGAGCAGCACAACGGGGCCAUCACCUACUAUAAGGUGAAGUACCUGCGGUCGGACGCGCCCCCCGGCGGCGCCCCCUACGAGGCGCUCAAGGGCCCCGCCGACCUCUCGCACACGAUCACGGGGCUGGACAAGUGGACCGAGUACCGGGUCUGGGUGCUCGCGGGAACGGCCGUCGGAGACGGCCCCUCGUCCCCUCAGGUGCUGGUCCGCACCGACGAGGACGUUCCUGGAGAGCCACGCCUGGUGAAGGUGGCCGCACUGAACAGCACGGCCCUGACGGUCUCGUGGAAGCCCCCCUCGAACCGGGACCGCAACGGCUUGAUUCGGGGCUACCAGAUCCACGUGCAGGAGAUGAACCGGCACGGGGACCUGAUCAAUGACGCGCUGCGCUACGACGUGGCGGACGAGAACGCGGAGGAGCGCAACGUGACGGGGCUCCAGCCCGACACGAAGUACUCCGUACAGGUGGCCGCCGUAACCCGCAAGGGGGACGGCAACCGCAGCCCGCCCAAGACGGCCCAUACCCACGGUGGAGUUCCGACGCGGCCGGAGCUCACGGCUCGCAUCCACACGGAAGACCAGCGACUGCGGGUGGAGCUCCACUGGUCGAGGCCCAACCACACGUACGGGGAGCUGCUCCAGUACCGACUGCGCUACGGCCGCAUGGACGGAGGCGCCCUGGAGGAGCAAGAGCUGGGCCCCAUGGAGCAACACCUGACCGUCGAGAAGCUGGCACGAGGGGCCCGCUAUGAGUUCCGGCUUUCCGGAAGGAAUCUUCUAGGUUGGGGUCAGGAGGCCAUCACCUUUGUGAGCACGCCUGAAGGAGAACCGACGUCGCCGCCGCAGAACGUGACAUUCCGGCUGCAGAGCCCCAACACAGUGGCGUUCAGCUGGGAGGCCCCGGCGGCCAUGCACCGCAACGGACACAUCACCCAUUACAGCGUCCAGUUCCGAAAGAAGUCCUCGGAGUUCAGCGCCGAGGACCGGAACACCUCCCGUACCCGCAUGGUGUUCAGCUCGCUGAGCGAGAAGACGGACUACACGAUGCGAGUCCGCGCCUGCACGGCCAAGGGGUGCGGACCCUGGAGUCAGAACCUGACGGCCAGCACGCCCGGUGACAUUCCGUCCGCCCCGACCAACGUGCAGGCGGUGGCCACCUCGGACCAGUCCGUGGAGGUCUGGUGGGACGAAAUGCCCUACUUCGGAGACAUCCUGGGCUACCAGGUGCUGUACGCGCAAACAGCGGUGGAAGACCUGGACCAGUGGGCGGUGAAGAUGGUGCCGCUCACCUGGUCGGCCGAGAUCACGGGCCUGGAGAGCCACACAGUGUACGCCAUCCAGGUGGCUGCAUACACCCGGGACUCCCUCGGGAAGCUCUCGGACGUCAUCACCGUCAAGGUCACCCCCACGGAUGUGCCAACGCAACUGCGUGCCUAUGGAGUAACCACUCAUGGCAUGAUCCUGUCUUGGAGACCCCCUACACGGCUAGACUACAUCAAGUUCAACAUCUCGUACAGCGCCCACAAGGAGUUCUACGACAACCAGGGUGGCCUACAGGAGCUGCCCAUUCCCCCCCAGAAUGUGCUGCUGGACGUGGGCACCACCAACAUCACCAUCGAGAACCUCAUCCCAUUCACGAGCUACCGGGUGAACAUCACGGCCGUGCCCAGGGACGGCUCCUUCAAGCCACCCGCCAAGAUCAUGGUCACCACCGCCAUGGCCGCUCCCAAGCCGAUGGUGAAGCCGGACGCUCUGUGGCCAAUCAGCAAUGGGGACGAGAUAACGGUGAUGCUGCCUCAGGCUUCGGAAGAGUAUGGUCCCAUCAAGCAGUACUACCUGGUGGUGGUUCCUUCGGAGUUUGCCAACAAGGAUCCCGACGACUUCAAGAUAGAAGAGCUAAUGUCGACACCGCUGGACGAAGACGGACCGUACGUGACAGCGGCAUUCGUGCGCCAGAACAUGCCGGCGCGGUUCACCCUCGGAGACCAGAAGGUCAACGGGGGGUUUCGGAAUCGCAAGCUGCAGCCGCUCAGGCGCUAUAGGAUCUUCGUCAGGGCCGUGGUGGACACUCUUCAAAAGAACCUGUUCACGACGAGCCCCUUCUCGGACGAGAUGAGCCUGGAGAUGCUGCCCCAGGUGCGACUGCGCUCCCCGGACGAUGUGCCCAACGUGUCGCAAAUUGAGCGCUCCCGGGCGGAUGUGGGCUGGAUCGUGGGGCCCCUGCUGCUCAUCGUCUUCAUGGCCCUCUUCCUCACGCUCUUUUUCAUCCUCAUGAAAAGGAGACGUCGGCAGUCAAAGACGCCGGCGGGGGAGACCACCAUGAAGCUCCUGAUGAACUCGGGCGACCUCACGGCCACCCAGGGUGGCCAGCCCGGCACGGACCCCGUGGAGAUGCGCCGGCUCAACUACCAGACGCCCGCCAUGGUCGGGCAUCCCCCGAUUCCGGUCGGGCAGCUUGUGGUCCACGUGGAUGCUCUCAAGGCCAACGACAACCUGCGCUUCUCUCAGGAGUAUGAGUCUAUCGAUCCGGGACAGCAGUUCACCUGGGAGAACUCGAACCUAGAAGUGAACAAGCCCAAGAACCGGUACGCCAACGUCAUAGCGUACGACCACAGCCGGGUGGUGCUCCAGACCCUGGAGGGCAUGCCCGGCUCGGACUACAUCAACGCCAACUACUGCGACGGGUACCGGCGGCGCAACGCCUACAUCGCCACCCAGGGGCCCCUGCCGGAGACGUGCGGGGACUUCUGGCGCAUGACUUGGGAACAGCACAGCGUCACCCUGGUCAUGAUGACCAAGCUGGAGGAGCGCACCCGCGUCAAGUGUGACCAGUACUGGCCUUCGAGAGGAUCGGAGACCUACGGCCUGAUGGAGGUCACCCUCGAAGACGUCCAAGAGCUGGCGACCUACUGCAUCCGGACUUUCAGCCUCAAGAGGUCCGGUUAUUUGGAACGCCGGGAGGUCCGUCAGUUCCAGUUCACGGCGUGGCCGGACCACGGCGUUCCGGACCACCCGACGCCGUUCCUCAUGUUCCUGCGGCGGGUCCGCACCAUGAACCCACCCGAAGCGGGGCCUAUGAUCGUCCACUGCAGCGCCGGCGUGGGGCGCACGGGCUGCUUUGUGGUGAUUGACUCGAUGCUGGAGCGGCUGCGUCACGAGGGCACGGUGGACAUCUACGGCCACGUGACCUGCCUGCGUGCCCAGCGCAACUACAUGGUGCAGACGGAGGACCAGUACCUGUUCAUCCAUGACGCGGUGCUGGAAGCGGUGCUGGCGGGGCACACAGAGGUACCCGCCCGCAGUCUGGCGGCGCACGUCCAGUCCCUGCUCCAGACCCUGCCGGGUGAGGCCUGCACGGGCAUGGAAAUGGAGUUCAAGAAACUGGCGAACAUGAAGACGCAGUCCAACAAGUUUGUCAGUGCGAACCUGCCGGUGAACAAGUUCAAGAACCGGCUCAUGAACAUCCUACCCUAUGAAGCAACUAGAGUGUGUCUUCAACCGAUCCGCGGCGUAGACGGCUCGGAUUACAUCAACGCCAGCUUCAUCGACGGUUACCGGUACCGCAACGCCUACAUAGCCACCCAGGGCCCCAUGGCCGAAACCACGGAAGACUUUUGGAGGAUGGUGUGGGAGCACAACUCCAACAUUGUGGUCAUGCUAACCAAGCUCAAGGAGAUGGGCAGGGAGAAGUGCCACCAGUACUGGCCCUCCGAGCACUCUCAGCGCUACCUGUACUACGUAGUGGACCCCAUCACAGAGUACAACAUGCCCCAGUACAUCCUCAGAGAGUUCAAAGUCACAGAUGCCAAGGACGGCCAGUCUCGGACCAUCCGGCAGUUCCACUUCACGGACUGGCCGGAACAGGGCGUUCCCAAGACGGCCGAGGGCUACCUGGAGUUCAUCGCCCAGGUCCACAAGACCAAGGAGCAGUUUGGCCAGGAGGGCCCCAUCACGGUCCACUGCAGUGCCGGAGUCGGACGCACCGGCAUGUUCAUCUCGCUGAGCAUCGUCUUGGAGAGACUGCAGUGCGAAGGCGUCAUGGACAUGUUCCAGACGGUGCGGACACUUCGCACCCAGCGUCCCGGAAUGGUCCAGACAGAGGACCAGUACCAGUUCUGUUACCGGGCAGCGCUGGAGUACAUGAGCAGCUUCGACCACUAUGCAAACUGAGUCCCCACCCCCUUGGGCCAAGGUCCAAACUCCACGCCUCUCACCUCCAUCGACGUGACGAGUGCCCGUUGCUUUCUCUGUGGAGCCGAUUGCGCAUUAUCAGUUCUUCUUUUUUGACACCGGAUCAGAAAAAAAAAAUGAAUGGAGUCGCACCAUAACGAGGUCCCUACAACUCGGAGGUAGCUAUAACAAGAAGCUCGCAUCGUGUAACGAAAGGUAUGGUUCUCGCUCUGCAGUUCGAGGAGACGUCGUACGGCGUUUAGCGCCGAACGAAGAUUGCUGAGUCGGGGCCUCCAGGCCGACGUAAGUAGAAACGUUUUCCGAGCGCAGCCGUCUCUCUAUUCGUUUCGGCGCUUUUUGAAAGCGGUCGGAGCGUCGGAGCGGAAACUUGCUGGGAGCAGGAGGCCCGGCUCCUCCCGUAGUCACUCAGGUUACCCUUAUCUGCAUUUUCGUGGGACGCCGGACCUCCCGAGAACGACCGCCGAGACUCUACCAGCGCAUCGUGCGCAUGCAAGACGUGCUCUGUUGGCACGUCGCGCGCAGACGAGACGUGCUCCCAGGUCGUCGUGCUCAAGUUGAAGAGAAAAAAAGACCGGCGUACAACGACGCCUCUUGAGGCCUAGCGUGGCUCCGAGAAUUAAUAAGCAGGACCAACUCGAAACAGGAAUGCAGGAACCCCCGAGUUUGGAGCACGUUCGGUUCGGUUUCUACCCUUCGACUUUGACGUCAUCGCAGAGGCAAUACGCACCGUGCAGAAGGACUUGACGUAGGGCUCCGGCGGGGGUGGGCGUAGCGUUUUCUCUUUUUGUAUCCUUUUCCCACGACGCCAGACUUUUCUGUGUCGUUUGCGUUUUAGUCGGUGUGUUCUUUGGAUUGUCGUGGGAGGCAGCAAGGGACGGGGAUCCGACUUCCCGCCUUCACUCCAUAGGUUUUUUACCUUCAUCUUUCAUUGUAUCAUACGUGCAUCGUAGCAUCAUGUUAUUUAUAUUGUGUUGGGAGAGACGGCGCCUUUUUGUAUAUAGCGACGACGGCGAACGAACGACGGCGUAUCUCCGAGGGUACGACGGAAGGACUUCUCGCUCGGUCCCUAACUUGAGGGUAGGGAAAAGAGGCCGUCUUGUCUGCAAAGGAAAGAGCGCAAGCUCGCGCUCGCAAUCUAGGUCACCGUUUUUAAUUCUGGCAGCAGUCCUGCCCGUCUCAAAUGUGCGUGUGCUUGAAGCCGAAUAUACGAUGUCUGCCGCCGUUUUUCCGACAAAAAGUGGCUGGCAUAGAAAUCCGUUCUUUUCUCUUUUUUGACAGAAACGUGAGCAGCGUACAAAUGGGUUACGGUGCAGAGUUCACGCCUUGGGUUUCGUUCCCCUCCCUCGUUUUUGAAGACUGCGUUUACGUGGGUUGCGUGUGGUUUCCCGCCGUGUGCGUCAUGUGUGUAUGGUUUUCGAAGAACGGCACGUUUUCAGGGUGGCGUUGCGACGGAGGCGUCUUCGUGUGCGUCCUUUGAGGCUGAUUUGUACUUCUGUUAUAUUAACAGAGAGCCCUUUAUAACUUACCAGGUAGAUAUUUUUACAAGCGAUGUUUGGGCAGCAUUGGAAGUCUGUUUCGUACAUAUAUACACACGAUAGCGUACAACGUGAGCUCCGCCUACUAUUUUAUCAUUAUUUCAAUAUUUUUCGCUAGACUUGGGUUUGUUUACGUAUAGCUCUGCACAUCCCCUGUAAAUACUUGAGCAACAUUUUUCGUGGAGGUCGUGAAAGGUCGAGUGUGCAACCCGCCACGUUUUCGGUUAUUUCUGCGGGACUCGAGCGAAGCAGUUACCCGUAGAGCGCCAACGAAACGGGAGAGAUACAUAAUCAAGGACAAGUGCCCAACACACAGGGCACGUUGCACUGUCUACUCUCUAGGGACAUAUCACCGUGUGUAGUACUCUGCAGCAGCUGUUUCGACGGCAGGAUUUUCGAGCAGCUCAACCUGUGAUUGGGCGAGUCGAAAAGAAAGAAAAAAUUAAACCACAGCCCGAACCCAGCCUGACUUCAUGAGGUUGUGACGUAAGAUUUUUAGAGUCUCAUUGUGCUCGUGCAACUCGUGUGCUAUAACACCUCGUGUCUGAGCCACCUGCGGCAAGCGCGCUUUCGGCUUUCAAUAAGACUCGCGAAUGCAAACCGUUCCCAGCCGCUUUGUUUUUUUUCUCUUCUCAUUGCCACUUGGAAACAAAUCAAACGAAAGUGGUCAGCAAUUUGAAAAAGUUCCUUCCCUAGGCUUCGUCCUCUGUCUGUGUGUGAGUCCUCUUUUUUUUUUGUUUGUAUGGUGUAUCAUUUUAAGAUCAAAAGACUAUUUACAACUGUUUAUGGCAUCUACUCAUUCUUUUUGCUUCCCCUCUCUAUUUGAGUGGUUGGCGUAGAGUAACUGUGUAUGCUCCACUUGCGGAGCAGAGUAUUACAAUGGUGCUCCCACGGUGGCCAUGUUGGAUCCAAGGCUGCACUGCGGGAAGUGACCAUCGCUUCUGCGGGAGAACCGGGUGCGCGGAUGGCGUGACUGUGAGGCGGCGUGCGGAGCAAAAAGUGUGGCGACUUGCCACGCGUGCGCCGUCGUCUCGUCAUUUUUCCCCUGUUUCUCUCUAUGACCUUCCUGUUCGUCCAAUUUUAGUGUAGGGUACAUAUUUUGCAAAUACAAAGCGAGAAGCACGUUCCGCCCAUAACUCGGCGCCUGGAAGGUCGCUUUCCCGCAUGAAAGUUGGAUCCAGCUUGGCGCACGUGACCGCUUCUCCGCCUACACGGAGUUGGCGCUGAAAGGAAACGCAAUACUCCGGCUCUGCAAGCAGAGCCUAUACCACAGUGUGUACUGCCAAUACCGCCUAAAAGGCAAGGCCAGCGCUUCUCCUGCCCAAACGUCGGCACUAUAGAAAAACUUGUAGUUGGGCUAGUUGGUGAACGUUAUGAAGCAUGGCAUAAGGCGCUAAAAACAUCGGACACAACAAAGAAGACACGCACACAGGUGCUACUCACUAUAUUUGAAAAGUGCAGAAAAGAAAGAAAUACAUAUCUUGUCCCCUUCCUCACGUCCACGCAUGCGCUUGGCCAGGGGUUACACAGACAGGCGCCUGUGUGUGUGUCUUCCUUGUGUUCGGUGUUUUUUGUGCCUUACACCAUGCUUCAAAACGUAAUCACUAGUGAAUAUAUGCAGUGCCACCUAGCUUGCGUCUUGCGGCAUCUUGAAACAAGCAUGACGCCAUAAUGCGUCGGCAUCUGCCGCUUUGCAGCGACUCUUAUUGUGUUUCGGCGUGUUCAACGCUUAUGGCUGGUCCACUAAUGAUGACAUCAUGUGCAGGCCUUGUCUUUGGGGUGGUGUUGGCACUGGUGAGUGGCGGAGUGUGUCCCGUGGCCCGCCUUACCCCCUCGGGCAAAGAUUGGUCUGUUGUUUUUGUGAAAGGGUGCAGCUGCUCCAAAGUAACCGUGCGUGUUCCUUGUGCCGCCGCCCCCAUCUGGCUUCCUACCGUUUGUAAGACAGUGUACUCAAUAAAGAUGUCCAAAGAUGA